AUGGAGGAGCACAAAGUGACUUACAUGUUUCGACUAUUUUCUCGAACUAAGGAGUCCACAGAGGAGGAUAUAGAGAAAAUAACUUAUGAUUGCGUACAAGAAUUGCUUGGCAAUCUAACACAUGCAAGAGCUUGCUAUGCACCAAGUCUUACAAACUAUGAAGAUUUCAAGCUGUCUAAAAUGAUGGUUAUUGAUGGUUUUUUCAUACUUGAGCUUAUCUACAGGUUCAAGUAUGGAAUUGGUGAGGGUGAUCUAGUUUUCGACAAUAAUCUGGGAGCAGACUUCGUUAAGUCCACACCAUCGUUCUUGAGGAAUCUCAUUGCCUAUGAGCAAUGCUACGCAUUAAGUCGUCAUUAUGUUACUUCUUUCGCGUUUCUGAUGGACAAGCUCAUUGACACUAAAGAUGAUGUUUCGUUGCUUGUGAAUGUUGAAAUAAUUCAGAGCUGGGGGUAUUUCCUGCACAAGUUUUAA